UGUGGAACAUAAAAUAUAAAAAGAUGAAUUAUGUGUCCAGCACUGCAAUGGAGAACUGAGGCUGAGCGGGUUGGAAGGAUUCACGCGCCAUCUUGGCCAAAGGGUAUGCUAAUCUCCAUACUAGUCCAACUCUGUCCCGCGCGAGGGAGCGAGAAGUCGGCUGGACGGUCCUCCGCACCGCGGCAGAUCUGCGGAGCUGCGGUCCGCCGCGUCAGGGGUGGGCGAGGGCGGGCAGCGAGCGAAGCAUCGAGAGCCCGGCCAGUCGCCGUGCGGACCGCGGCGCCCCUCGAGGAAGUCAGCGCAGGCGGCGCGAGGCUGGCAUGUUCCGGAGCGCGCUGUCGGGCGGCGGCGGCCGCGGGAGGCGGCGCUCACGGCGGGCUGCAGGCGGAGUGCGCUCGGAUUCCCGAACCCCGCUCCGCGGCGCCGCCGCGCACCCCGCCCUCGCCUCCAGGGCCCGGCGGGAGCGAAAACGCGGAGCGCGGACGCCGCCGCGGGAUCCAGGCCGCUCGGCGCGCGCGCCCACGCGCACCCCGGCUCGGCCCCGAGCGGCCAGGUCCCCGCCGGGCUCCGGCGGGCACGCGGGCGCGGGGCGGCGAGGCAGGGCGUGCGGGCGGGUGGCGAGCUGGGCCGGAGCAGCUGGCGGAGCAGCUCGCGGAGCCGAGCGAGGGGCGGGUUAUCUGCAAGACGAAGUUCACCCAGGCGCAGCCCGGGCUGGGCUGUCUCCGCCUGGAGGAGAGUCAGCGUCUAGUUCCUUCCCGUACCCUCCUCGACGGUCCCAGCAUCUCCAAGAAAACCUCCAAGUGUGGGGAGUGCGUUGGAGAACCUCAGCCCACCCUCGAUGUCCAGAGCCUGACCCAAUUCCAGAUCAGUGAAGGCACACACCGUGUGGGUACAAUUUCCUCCGGGACACAGAGGGCAGACCCGACGGCAGCUGCUAACCCCAACACGACAGGUGUCUCUGUGAAGCUGGAGCUUCCCUGA